GUUGAACUAGGAAAAAAAAAAAAAAAAUGAAGCAGAUACGGGGCAAAAGGGGAAACGGCCCUCCAAAAAGUCAUUUUGUCUCCUCCUGCUUUCUAUCCUCAGACUAACAAAAGAGAAACCCCCAAUUUCUUCCUCUUCAUCUUCUUCUUCUUCUCCCUCUCUAGGGUUUUCUCUCUCUUACACAACCUUUCCUUUUCCAAUUCAUUUGGUCUGGCUGUAAUAUUCAUUCAUACAUAUAUAUAGACGCAUAGAUCGAUCGUCUUAAAGCUAGCAAGGUGGGAGCUUCCCGAUGAUUUCUUCCCUCUGACGGCGUCUCCCCCCCGCCGCCUGCUGCCGGCCGGCAAAGCAAUUAAUCCUCUCCUUCGCCAGGUGACUAAUUGCUGGAGGCUAGCUAGCUAGCUAGCUAUUGGUUGUAAUUUCCAGAUCGAUCGAUAGGAUGGUGAGGGGGAAGGUGGAGCUUCGAAGGAUCGAGAACGCGGCGAGCAGGCAGGUGACCUUCUCGAAGCGGAGGAGCGGGCUGAUGAAGAAAGCUCGCGAGCUGUCCGUACUGUGCGACGCCGAAAUCGCAGUCAUCGUCUUCUCCCAGCGCGGGAGGCUAUCCGAGUUCUCUAAUCACGAAAUGCAGAAAACGAUAGCUCGGUACCAAAAGCACGCCGGAGUAGUGGGAGUGGACAAGAGAGAUACAGAUUAUUACUGCAUUCAGCAACUCAAGCAAGAAUCCGCUUCUAUGGCCAAGAAGAUUGAGCAGCUUGAGGCCUCCAGAAGGAAGCUUUUGGGAGAACAGCUGGGGUCCUGCUCCCUGGAAGAGAUCCGAAACCUAGGCGAACAGUUGGAAAGAAGCUUAGCUAACAUCCGACUCAGAAAAGAUGAGAUGGUCAUGGAGCAGAUGAAGCAACUAAGGUUACAGGAAAGGGAGUUGCUAAGACAGAAGGCAACUUUAUGUGAAAAGUGUAGUGAGAAUAUUCCACGGGAACCGUCGAGACGAGCUGGGACAGGAAACGAGGUGGCGGCGGCGGCGACGGGGACGGCAGCGGCGGGAAGCAGCGUGGGACUGAGCAAUGAAAGUUCGACGGUGGAGACGACAUUGUCCAUCGGACUCCCAACGGCACCACGUUGGGACUUAAAUUAGAUUCGCUACGGUAGUUGGUUACGCGUCACCAUAUCUCAUAACAUUAUACAAGAGUAGAUAAAGUGAAGUAUACCGCCGUCAGUACUUUAUUUAAUUACAAGAUAAUUGCUUAUA